AUGCCGAACAAGUGGAGCAAGGUCAAGGACGCCGUCCUCAAACAUGCAAAUGGCUACAGAAAGCUAGUGAAACCAAGUGUUGCCGUCCACAAAACCGCUUUCCCCAAGACCGCGGCAGAUCUUGAGAGUCUAGGGGUGCGUUUCGAUUUCGCGGGUACUGUCGAGGAGAAUGGGAAGAAACUCCAUAGAUUCCAGGUUCAGGUAAAUGCGGGCGACAAAAUUCCAACCUCCUGGAAGCAGUGGAGGCAAAAGCACGACAAGGGAACGCACGGAAUCGUUGCAACCAUCAAAGUUCCUGACGGUGGAACCAAGGAUGAUGUCCAGGCAGCUCUUGACGCGGUCGAUAGUGAGAUAGACUAG